GUCAUCGACGUGCGUCCCAGCCGGAUUGAGUAUUUUUGGACUGGACAAACGGUGAUGAUUGUGUACAUUAUCAUACAGCAGUGUGCUAAAGUGUCCCGUUUCACCGUAAAACCGGACAAGUGAAAAAACACGAGAGGGGCGUGAGUGAGUAACGCGGGGAGUUAGUUGACAUAGUCUGUGGGAAGUGGUUGAGACUGCUCUUUUGCAUCUUGCUGCUGUCAUCUUAAAUAAUGGAGGAGCCCCAUAUUCACUGCAUGUCCUGCAUAAGCAGGCGAUGCAUGGUCAAACCUGAGCCCGGCACUUCCUGUGACCUCAUCACCUGCCCUCUUGUAUGCGGCGCCAUCUUCCACAGCUGCAAGGCUAUUGAACACAAGCUGCUGUGCCCGCUUGAAAGGGUGCCAUGUCUUAACCACAGCAUUGGAUGCCCUUUUACCCUGGCCCGUGGCCAGAUGGCAGAGCACCUUGAGGUGUGUCCUGCAGGUGUGGUGUGCUGCACUAUGGAGUGGAAUAGGUGGCCAGUGAAUGAUGAGGAUUAUCGUUCAUAUGAGCGGCUGAGUCAAGAAGCAGAUGAGGUGGAGCAGCUUGACAUGGCGCUCGCUCUUCAGGACCAGCGCACCAUGUUAGCGUCACUAAAACUUGUCUCUCUGGCUCCCACUAGUGGCCCAGAGAAAAAGACUAAGGCAGCAGGACAAAGUGAAAAGCCUGGUCUAGACUCAGUUGCUCAGACUCCAUGCAUGCAGGUGGAGACCAUUGAGAUGGAGCCUACGGCUGGCUGUUCAAAAGACAAGAUUUCCAAUGGGAUUAAUGGUCUAAAAGAAGAACAUUACGGAGAGCUCUACCAAACCACGGUGGAGACAACCAAAAGCCUGGCCGCAGCUCUUAACGUCCUGAUCCACCUCAAUUCUUCUGAAACAGACUGCACAACCACUAAUGCAUCAGCUGCACUUCCGGAGCGCAAUGGGGAACUGCAUGAAAACGUGAGGACAAGAGAAGAUGCCGGGUUCAGCUGUGAUAAAAUAGCCAGCGGAGUCAAUGGCCUAAAGGAGGAUCUACAGCCUCAACAGCACCAAAAACUCAUGGAACUUGGCAGGAACUUGGCCUGUGCACUGGGUGCAUUAGGAGAUGUCGUCAAAGGCACUGAGCCAAUUAGUGGCUCAAUCGUUAACAAGAAUGGCAAGCUCAACCAGUCAGAAACUUCGGAGUCUCCAGAUGUUGAUAUGAAGGACGUUACAUCGGAGGUUGAUGCUGAGCCUGGGGCUGUUGGGGGAUUUGAUGAUGUAGAAACCACUUUAGAUGGUCUAGCUCAUGAGGCAGCAGGUGAGCAUUGCCCAGUCAUGUUAGGGGACAUAGAUAGGCAAGGUUUUUGUAAUGGCUCUCAUAGUAUUGUAGAUCACAUAAUAGAAUCGACCACAGAACACCAUCAAAACCCAGAGUCCCGAGGUUCUUGGGAGUUUGUUGGUCCAUUAAUUCCCCAUAGACCAGAGAUCAGACAUGACCAACAUGCUUUCUUGAUCCAGGAGGCCUCUGGAUCACAAGCCCCUUUGCUGCAGCAGCCUAUACAUGCUCAGACUUUGACUGUCCAGAGAGACAGCGUGAUGGCAUUAGACUUUGAAGAUAGGGCUUUUGAGAGGAAACUCCAGAACCUUCAGUUGCUGCGCAAUUUUAUGCCACUUGCACUUAAUGGACGGAAGGGGUCCUUUACCGAAAUGUUUCCCCAUAGAAAUCCACGCUGCAAAAUGGAGGACAAAGCUGUGGACACAUCAGAUUUAGAUCAGGAGCCAGUGGAUGACCCCAUGGGACUUGGCGAAAUUGACUUUACGGCAGCAGCUCUUCUGUUCUGCCUGGAGGAGUCGCCUCGAGCUCGGAGGAUAUCCGACACGGUCUAUGCGUUCGGAGGCACACGUGUUGACUUUGGCACCCAGACGUUUAGUUUUCCUGCUGCCAUCUUGGCAACAAGUACGAUGGUCGGAGAGGUCGCAUCCGCUUCCGCUUGCGAUCGAGCUGCACCUCGCCUUUCGCAGCCAAGUCCGUUUUGCACUCUGCGGCUUGAUCUGACGCUGGAGCAGCUUGUGCCUCGCCCAAGCUGGGCUCCACGAGAGGGCUCCAUGUUUACCUUUGAGUGCGGCCAGCUCUUCCGUCGAGAAGAGUUCCUCUCGCAUUUCCGCAAUGUUCAUGGAGAUAUCCACUCUGGACUCAAUGGCUGGAUGGAGCACCGGUGCCCGUUAGCGUAUUAUGGUUGCACAUACUCCCAGCGCAGAUUCUGCCCAUCCACUCAAGGGUCGAAGGUUGUUCAUGAUCGCCACCUCAGGUCAUUUGGGGUGAAACCCAUCUCAGAACCUGUAAUAGAGCCUAAGUGUGAUCACCUUAGCGGAUUGCCAUUUGAAGUACUUCAACAUGUGGCCCGAUUUCUGGAUGGCUUUAGCCUGUGUCAGCUGUCAAUGGUGUCUCGUACAAUGAGAGAUGUUUGUGCCAGUCUGCUACAGAGCCGUGGCAUGGUGGUGGUUCAAUGGGAAAAGAAGCAAUAUUUGGAUGGAAGACGAACCUGGCAGAUAAAAGACAAGGUUUGGCGUUUCAGCACAGCCUUUAGCCCGGUUAACAGGUGGGAGUUUGCGGACAUCACUAGCAUGGCAGACCACCUGAAACGUUGCCCGUACAAUGAAGUCCUCCGACAGGUGGAGGCGGUUCCACUGCCCUGCAUGUGCACGACCAGAGAGCUCACGCGAGACGGCAGAUCACUCCGAUCUGUUCUCAAGCCUGUAUCAUAACAGUACACAUAACUAAAACACUACAAUACCUAACCUCUUCAAUCUACAAUAUACGAUCACUGUGUAAAUAAAAGGAAACAAAAUAUUUUUUUGUUUUGAUGUUAAGAUUAUUUUUUUAUUAAUAUAUCAAAGAUAAUGUGGUCUGAUGGUGUGUAGUGCAAUGGUUCAUCUGCUAAAAUCAUCUACUCCUCUGACACACACCCAUGCUUUCUUAGCAAGACCAGUGCUGACAGAGGACUGGUUUAAGAGAGUGUAAACACUGAGGCUUAAUUUGGUGCAAUUAUAUGGGCCUCAACCUGUCGAAUAGCACUUGAUUUAUUUGUCUUGACACAGCAAGGUAAUCUCUGUCAGAUAAUCAGAUAAAAUCAGAUAAUGACUUCCGGUUCCUGUCAAUACAUAUCCACACUAUAGGAUAUUUGCAUGGUUUGGUUAAGAUAUCGUGGCUGUUUUAAAAAAGGACCCUUUCUUGGAUCGUCAGUGAUUAUCUCUGGAUAGAUAAGUUGUGCUCAGUUUUAUGCUGAUAUUGUAGACAGGCUCGCUUCACCCUGAUCCAGGAACAGCUGUCAUGCUCAAGAAUUGAAUCUAUGUUGGGUUACAGAGCUGUUCUUCUGUUUUGUUUUUGUUUUUUCUUUUUCUGUCACAUUGUCAUAGAAAAGAGGGUUUUCAUUUACAGCAGUUUUAAAAUGACCUUAAUGGCUUCAUCCAGAAAUGGCACCAAUGGACCUUAGAGUGAACUACAGUUCAUUCAAUGACUUUGUACUGCAGCAUUCAUACUAAAACACCUUAAACUAUCAGCAUGCCAGGUUAGCAUGCCAACCAUAUAUCAACAUUUAGAGUCAAUAUUUGCACUUUACUGAAAUUUGUGGCUGUCUGCUGCGCUCUGACUCGCUGUAUCUUCACUAACCUGGAGCAAAUGGACACUCUGCUAUUGCGUUUCCCAUUGAGUGAGUGAGGGAAAGCUUAGAUAACACUAUAUUUGAUUACAAAGAAGAGCUCUAUUACUUACAUAUAUGUGAUGUGUGACAUAUUUUAACCUGUCUGCAUUUGAAUGUGUGCUGUGAGCAUUUGUGAAAGCUAAUAUUUAUAGGUGUGAUCUGCAGCUAAUUAAACCACAGAAGUGUUUAUUUUCACCUUUACGUACAGUAUAGAAGGUUUAUGGAAAGCUAUGCAGCGUUUACAUGUUAGGAGCUGUUUUAGGCUUCUCAACUUGUGUCGCCCAAGGUUGUGUGUUCAUUUCCAUGUAAUCAAAAUGAAGUGAUUUUUUUUUUUUUUUUGUAAUGCAGUCCAUAUAUUGUAUUACUGAAGCCAUGUUAUCUGAAGUCUGGUUUUUGGUUAUUAGGUUGAUUGUUUAAAAUCUAAGGAGGAGAAAUUGCCAGUACAGCUGUUGGUUGGAGAUGCAUGUGGUUUUUGACUUAUGAAUUAAAAUAUAUCUAUAUAUUUUAUUAUCUUUA